AUGAACAUUAUAAAUGGGGAAGAUAGAGGCGCGAGGAAUUACAGUGUCACAGUCACUGAGCCGGAUAUCAACGACGAUGAUUCAAGAGACAAAAAAGCUUACAUAGCCGGAAUCUUAAAUAAAUAUAUCCAAAUUUUAGAUAAGCAAAGUCGGUAUUUUAUAGGUUAUCCAGUCAAUCUGGACUUUGAUUAUGGAGCUCUAGCACAUCUUCAAGCUUUCUUCAUAAACAACAUUGGGGAUCCAUUCAUUGAAGGCAAUUAUAGCAUGCAUUCACGAGAAUUUGAAAUUGCUGUUUUGGAUUGGUUUGCCAAUCUAUGGGAAAUUCAGAAGAAUGACUAUUGGGGAUAUGUUACAAAUGGUGGCACUGAAGGAAAUCUUCAUGGCAUUCUAAUUGGGAGAGAAGUUCUUCAAGAUGGGAUAUUUUACACGUCACGAGAAUCGCAUUAUUCCAUCUUCAAGGCAGCAAAAAUGUACAAAAUGAAGUGUGUCGAAAUUGAUACUUUAUUCACGGGUGAAAUGGAUUACGAAGAUUUCAAGGCCAAGUUACUUCGUAAUAAGGAUAAGCCGGCGAUAAUCAAUGUCAACAUAGGAACAACGAUAAAAGGAGCAGUUGACAAUGUUGAUAUUGUUAUACAAAUUUUAGAAGAAUGUGGAUUCUCACAUGAUAGAUUCUAUAUUCACUGUGAUGCAGCAUUAUUUGGAAUUAUGAUGCCUUUUGUGGAUCAUGUAAGUUUGUGAUAAAUAAUUUAUUA